UCAGUGCUUGCCUUGUCACUCUUCUUACAAAACCCCAAAGAAAACUAAUUCCUUUACAUUAACUCACCAAGUCACCAUUCUCUCUCUCUCUCUCUCUCUCUCUCGUAGCAAGUGUAGGGUCCGAAACACAAUACGGCACAGUUUAGGAGUUGCAAUUUGCAACCAACAAAUAAAGAGAGAAAAUGAAAAAGUCGUUUGUGAGGCAUUUGUUGACGAUAUAAAGAAGCUAACUUUCCCUCAUUUACAAUCUUUUCUUCUUUUCUUUCUUGGCUGAUGUUUUGAUUAGACAGACCCCAUUUUCAUAUAUUCAUUCAUUAAAUUUAUUUAUUCAUUUUUGUUAUCCGUAUAUAUCAUCGCAAACCAUCAUCAUCAACCACAAUCAAAACAGUUAUAUACUAUCAUAUAACAGAUGUCUUCUAAUACGAGCUAUUACCGAUCGCCGUUCGGAGAUACGACCCACACCAAAGUGUUCGUCGGAGGCUUAGCAUGGGAGACUCCGACCGAGGAAAUGCGUCGUUACUUCGAUCAGUUCGGAGAGAUUCUUGAAGCAGUCAUCAUCACCGAUAAGACCACCGGAAAAUCUAAAGGCUAUGGUUUCGUCACGUUUCGAGAGCCGGACUCAGCAACGAGAGCAGUCGCCGAUCCGAAUCCGGUGAUCGAUGGAAGAAAGGCGAAUUGUAAUAUUGCGUCUUUUGGACGGCCCCGACCAUCGACGCCUCGAGGGAGAGGACAAGGUGGAAGCCCUAGCCAGUAUCAUGGCGGAGGACAAUCAGGCUAUACCGGAAUGGCUGCUCCGCUGCAGCAGGCUGCGACUGGCCAGCUCAUGUAUCCACCGUACGGGUACGCGUUAUACAACACCCAGCUCCAACAAGCACAAUACUAUCAACAGCAAAUGUAUGGAGGAGGAGCAACAUCGCCAUCAUCAUCCAACAUCAUGCCUUCUCCUUACUACUACCUCCAAGCUCCAAGCCCUAGACCAUAUCCUCAUCAGCAUUAUGCUCAUCAUGUUCACCAUCAGCAGCAGCAACAACAACGUUUACCUUCUGCAUCUUCUUAUCUAAUUUACCCAUCCAAUUUCGAGGCUCCUACUACUUCCUCUAAUGCCCCUCCUUCCCAAGAGCCAAUUUCUUCUUCCACCGAAUCACAAGCACCACAUCAAAUCUCAGGAGAAGGAGGAGAAUUCGAUGCAACGGAUGCACCUGAAAGUACAACCACGAACAACAGAGAGUUGACAUCAUCUUCAUGAUCAACUGCAUCUCCAACUUUGUACAACCUUUUGACAAUUUUUUACCCUCUCCCUUUCUCUUCAUCCAACAAUGGAAAGAAAAAAAGAGGGCUAAUUCGUUUAUUUUCUCAACAAAAUUCUCUUGCAUGACUUAACAUGACUGCCAAAAUAAAGAUGGCCUCUAUCUCUUGUCAUGCUUGUUCUUUUCUUCUUUUCCUCUAACGGAAUAAUAAAUAAUAUAAUAAAUCGACUUUCAUAUUCUUUCUAUUAUUUAUUUAUUUUAGAAUAAAUGGACUUUUUUAAUAAAAUUAUAUAUCAAACCAAUGAUAGUUUUUCUUUCGUCAAACCAAUAGGUAUGGAUUUGA